UUCACAGCCCCGGCAGCAUCGGCAUCGGCAUCGGCGGCGGCGGCGGCUGCGGCGUCUUCCGCAUCGUUCGCCGCAGCGUAACCCGGAGCCCUUUGCUCUUUGCAGAAUGGCCCGCUUCGGAGACGAGAUGCCGGCCCGCUACGGGGGAGGAGGCUCCGGGGCAGCCGCCGGGGUGGUCGUGGGCGCCGGAGGCGGGCGAGGAGCCGGGGGCAGCCGGCAGGGCGGGCAGCCCGGGGCGCAAAGGAUGUACAAGCAGUCAAUGGCGCAGAGAGCGCGGACCAUGGCCCUGUACAACCCCAUCCCCGUCCGACAGAACUGCCUCACGGUCAACCGGUCUCUAUUCCUCUUCAGCGAGGACAACGUGGUGAGAAAAUACGCCAAAAAGAUCACCGAAUGGCCUCCCUUUGAAUAUAUGAUUUUAGCCACCAUCAUAGCAAACUGCAUUGUCCUCGCCCUGGAGCAACACCUACCUGAUGACGACAAGACCCCGAUGUCUGAACGACUGGAUGACACAGAACCAUACUUCAUUGGAAUUUUUUGUUUUGAGGCUGGAAUUAAAAUCAUUGCCCUUGGGUUUGCCUUCCAUAAAGGCUCUUACUUGAGGAAUGGUUGGAAUGUGAUGGACUUCGUGGUGGUGCUAACAGGCAUCUUGGCAACAGUUGGGACGGAGUUUGACCUAAGAACGCUGAGGGCAGUUCGAGUGCUGCGGCCGCUCAAGCUGGUGUCUGGAAUCCCAAGUUUACAAGUCGUCCUGAAGUCGAUCAUGAAGGCAAUGAUCCCCCUGCUGCAGAUCGGCCUCCUCCUCUUUUUUGCAAUCCUUAUUUUUGCAAUCAUAGGGUUAGAAUUUUAUAUGGGAAAAUUUCAUACCACCUGCUUUGAAGAGGGCACAGAUGACAUUCAGGGUGAGUCUCCAGCUCCGUGUGGGACAGAGGAACCUGCCCGCACCUGCCCCAAUGGGACCAAAUGCCAGCCCUACUGGGAAGGGCCCAACAAUGGGAUCACUCAGUUCGACAACAUCCUAUUUGCAGUGCUGACUGUUUUCCAGUGCAUCACCAUGGAAGGGUGGACUGACCUCCUCUACAACAGCAACGAUGCCUCAGGGAACACUUGGAACUGGUUGUACUUCAUCCCCCUCAUCAUCAUCGGCUCCUUUUUUAUGCUGAACCUCGUGCUGGGUGUGCUGUCUGGGGAGUUUGCCAAAGAAAGGGAGCGGGUAGAGAACCGGCGGGCUUUUUUGAAGCUGAGGCGGCAGCAACAGAUUGAACGAGAACUCAAUGGGUACAUGGAGUGGAUCUCGAAAGCAGAAGAGGUGAUCCUCGCCGAGGAUGAAACCGACGGGGAGCAGAGACAUCCCUUUGAUGCUCUGCGGAGAGCCGCCAUAAAGAAAAGCAAGACAGACCUGCUCAACCCCGAGGAGGCUGAAGAUCAGCUGGCCGAUAUUGCCUCCGUGGGGUCUCCCUUCGCCCGAGCCAGCAUUAAAAGUGCCAAGCUGGAGAACUCAACUUUUUUUCACAAAAAGGAGAGGAGGAUGCGUUUCUACAUCCGCCGCAUGGUCAAAACUCAGGCCUUCUACUGGACUGUGCUCAGUCUGGUAGCCCUCAACACGCUGUGUGUCGCUAUCGUUCAUUACAACCAGCCCGAGUGGCUCUCCGACUUCCUCUACUAUGCAGAAUUCAUUUUCUUAGGACUCUUUAUGUCCGAAAUGUUUAUAAAAAUGUACGGGCUUGGGACGCGGCCUUACUUCCACUCUUCCUUCAACUGUUUUGAUUGUGGGGUCAUCAUCGGGAGCAUCUUUGAGGUCAUCUGGGCCGUCAUAAAACCCGGCACAUCCUUUGGAAUCAGUGUGUUACGAGCCCUCAGGUUAUUGCGUAUUUUCAAAGUCACAAAGUACUGGGCAUCUCUCAGGAACCUGGUCGUGUCUCUUCUCAACUCCAUGAAAUCCAUCAUCAGCCUGUUGUUCCUCCUUUUCCUCUUCAUCGUCGUCUUUGCCCUUCUGGGAAUGCAGCUCUUUGGUGGCCAGUUUAAUUUCGAUGAAGGGACUCCUCCUACCAACUUCGACACCUUUCCAGCAGCAAUAAUGACGGUAUUUCAGAUCCUGACGGGCGAAGACUGGAAUGAGGUCAUGUACGACGGCAUCAAGUCUCAGGGGGGUGUGCAGGGCGGCAUGGUGUUCUCCAUCUACUUCAUCGUGCUGACGCUCUUUGGGAACUACACCCUCCUGAACGUGUUCUUGGCCAUCGCAGUGGAUAAUUUGGCCAACGCCCAAGAGCUCACCAAGGAUGAACAAGAAGAAGAAGAGGCAGCCAACCAGAAACUCGCCCUCCAGAAAGCCAAGGAGGUGGCAGAAGUGAGCCCUCUGUCUGCAGCCAACAUGUCCAUAGCUGUGAAGGAACAACAGAAGAACCAGAAGCCCGCCAAGUCCGUGUGGGAGCAGCGGACAAGCGAGAUGCGGAAGCAGAACCUGCUGGCCAGCCGGGAGGCGCUGUACAACGAGAUGGACCCGGACGAGCGCUGGAAGGCCUCCUACGCCCGGCACCUGCGGCCCGACAUGAAGACCCACCUGGACCGGCCGCUGGUGGUCGAUCCCCAGGAGAACCGCAACAACAACACCAAUAAGAGCCGGGCGGCCGAGCCCACGGUGGACCAGCGCCUCGGGCAGCAGCGAGCCGAGGACUUCCUGAGAAAACAGGCCCGCUACCACGACCGGGCCCGGGACCCCUGCGGCUCCGUGGGCCCGGACACCCGGAGGCCCUGGGCGGGCAGCCAGGAGGCCGAGCUGAGCCGGGAGGGGCCUUACGGCCGCGAGUCGGACCACCACGCCCGGGAGGGCGGCCUGGAGCAGCCGGGGUUCUGGGAGGGCGAGGCGGAGCGGGGCAAAGUCUGCGACCCGCACCGGAGGCACGCCCACCGGCAGGGGUGCAGCCGGGAAAGCCGCAGCGGGUCCCCGCGCACGGGGGCCGACGGGGAGCCCCGCAGGCACCGGGCGCACCGCAGGCCGGGCGACGAGGGCCCAGAGGACAAGGCCGAUCGGAGGUCCCGGCACCGCGAGGGCAGCCGGCCGGCCCGGGGCGGCGAAGGCGAGGGCCCAGACGGCGCCGAGCGGAGGAGGCGGCACCGGCUUGGCCCUCCGCCCGCCUACGACGGGGACGCACGCAGGGAGGACAAGGAGCGCAGGCACCGGAGGAGGAAAGAGAACCAGGGCUCCGGGGUCCCCGUGUCGGGCCCCAACCUGUCAACCACCCGGCCGAUCCAGCAGGACCUGGGCCGCCAAGACCCACCCCUGGCCGAGGAUAUUGACAACAUGAAGAACAACAAGCUGGCCACCGCGGAGUCAGCAAGUCCCCACGACAGCCUCGGCCAUGCCGGCCUGCCCCAGAGCCCGGCCAAGAUGGUGAACAGCACCGACCCCAGCCCCACGCCUGCCCCACCUGCCGUGGCCACCAACCCCCAGCGUGCUUCCAGCCGCCGGACACCCAACAACCCGGGGAACCCGUCCAACCCCGGCCCCCCCAAGACCCCCGAGAACAGCCUUAUCGUCACCAACCCCAGCAGCACCCAGACCACCUCAGCUAAGACUGCCAGGAAACCCGACCACACCACGGUGGACAUCCCCCCAGCCUGCCCGCGCCCCCUCAACCACACCGUCGUCCAAGUGAACAAAAACGCCAACCCAGACCCACUGCCAAAAAAGGAGGAAGAGAAGAAAGAGGAGGAGGAAGACGACCCCGGGGAAGACGGCCCCAAGCCCAUGCCCCCCUACAGCUCCAUGUUUAUCCUCUCUACAACCAACCCCCUUCGCCGCCUGUGCCAUUACAUCCUGAACCUGCGCUACUUUGAGAUGUGCAUCCUCAUGGUCAUUGCCAUGAGCAGCAUCGCCCUGGCGGCUGAGGACCCCGUGCAGCCCAACGCACCGCGGAACAAUGUGCUGCGAUAUUUUGACUACGUUUUUACAGGCGUCUUUACCUUUGAGAUGGUGAUCAAGAUGAUCGACCUGGGGCUCGUCCUGCACCAGGGUGCCUACUUCCGUGACCUCUGGAACAUUCUCGACUUCAUAGUGGUCAGUGGGGCCCUGGUGGCCUUUGCCUUCACUGGCAAUAGCAAAGGAAAGGACAUCAACACGAUUAAAUCCCUCCGAGUCCUUCGGGUGCUACGACCUCUUAAAACCAUCAAGCGGUUGCCAAAGCUCAAGGCCGUGUUUGACUGCGUUGUGAACUCACUCAAGAAUGUCUUCAACAUCCUCAUCGUCUACAUGCUCUUCAUGUUCAUCUUUGCCGUGGUGGCCGUGCAGCUCUUCAAGGGCAAGUUCUUCCACUGCACCGACGAGUCCAAGGAGUUUGAGAAAGAUUGCCGUGGCAAGUACCUCCUUUAUGAGAAGAACGAGGUGAAGGCGCGGGACCGAGAGUGGAAGAAGUAUGAGUUCCAUUAUGACAACGUGCUAUGGGCUCUGCUGACCCUCUUCACCGUGUCCACGGGAGAAGGCUGGCCACAAGUCCUCAAGCACUCCGUGGAUGCCACCUUUGAGAACCAGGGUCCCAGCCCUGGGUACCGCAUGGAGAUGUCAAUCUUCUAUGUCGUCUACUUUGUGGUGUUCCCCUUCUUCUUUGUCAAUAUCUUUGUGGCCUUGAUCAUCAUCACCUUCCAGGAGCAGGGGGACAAAAUGAUGGAGGAAUACAGCCUGGAGAAAAAUGAGAGGGCCUGCAUUGACUUCGCCAUCAGCGCUAAACCCCUGACCCGACAUAUGCCCCAGAACAAGCAGAGUUUCCAGUACCGCAUGUGGCAGUUCGUGGUGUCCCCGCCUUUCGAGUACACCAUCAUGGCCAUGAUCGCCCUCAACACCAUCGUGCUCAUGAUGAAGUUCUACGGGGCCUCUGUCGCUUAUGAAAAUGCCCUGAGGGUAUUCAACAUUGUCUUCACUUCCCUCUUCUCUCUGGAAUGUCUUCUCAAAGUCAUGGCUUUUGGGAUUCUGAAUUAUUUCCGCGAUGCCUGGAACAUCUUCGACUUUGUGACUGUUCUGGGCAGCAUCACCGACAUCCUGGUGACCGAGUUUGGGAAUAACUUCAUCAACCUGAGCUUCCUGCGCCUCUUCCGAGCGGCCCGGCUCAUCAAACUCCUCCGUCAGGGUUACACCAUCCGAAUUCUUCUCUGGACCUUUGUGCAGUCCUUCAAGGCCCUGCCCUAUGUCUGUCUGCUGAUUGCCAUGCUUUUCUUCAUCUACGCCAUCAUUGGGAUGCAGGUGUUUGGCAACAUUGGCAUCGACGUAGAGGACGAGGAUAGUGAUGAGGAUGAAUUCCAAAUCACUGAGCACAAUAACUUCCGGACCUUCUUCCAGGCCCUCAUGCUGCUCUUCCGGAGUGCCACUGGGGAGGCUUGGCACAACAUCAUGCUUUCCUGCCUCAGCGGUAAACCCUGUGAUAAGAACUCUGGCAUCCUGACUCAUGAGUGCGGCAAUGAAUUUGCCUAUUUUUACUUCGUUUCCUUCAUCUUCCUCUGCUCAUUUCUGAUGCUGAACCUUUUCGUUGCUGUCAUCAUGGACAACUUUGAGUACCUCACCCGAGAUUCCUCCAUCCUGGGUCCCCACCACCUGGAUGAGUACGUGCGUGUCUGGGCCGAGUACGACCCCGCAGCGUGGGGCCGCAUGCCUUACCCGGACAUGUAUCAGAUGCUGAGACACAUGUCUCCGCCCCUGGGUCUGGGGAAGAAGUGUCCGGCCAGAGUGGCUUACAAGAGGCUCCUGCGGAUGGAUCUGCCUGUUGCCGAUGACAACACCGUCCACUUCAAUUCUACCCUCAUGGCUCUGAUCCGCACAGCCCUGGAUAUCAAGAUCGCCAAGGGCGGAGCCGACAAACAACAGAUGGACGCUGAGCUGCGGAAGGAGAUGAUGGCCAUCUGGCCCAACCUGUCCCAGAAGACGCUGGACCUGCUGGUCACCCCUCACAAGUCCACGGACCUGACGGUGGGGAAGAUCUAUGCAGCCAUGAUGAUCAUGGAGUACUACCGACAGAGCAAGGCCAAGAAGCUGCAGGCCAUGCGUGAGGAGCAGAACCGGACGCCUCUCAUGUUCCAGCGCAUGGAGCCCCCGUCUCCAACGCAGGAGGGGGGGCCCGGCCAGAAUGCCCUCCCCUCCACCCAGCUGGACCCAGGAGGAGGCCUGAUGGCUCACGAAAGCGGCAUGAAGGAAAGCCCAUCCUGGGUGACCCAGCGGGCCCAGGAGAUGUUCCAGAAGACGGGCACGUGGAGCCCGGAGCGAGGACCCCCCACGGACAUGCCCAAUAGCCAGCCCAACUCUCAGUCUGUGGAGAUGCGAGAGAUGGGCAGAGACGGCUACUCGGACAGUGAGCACUACCUCCCCAUGGAGGGCCAGGCCCGGGCCGCCUCCAUGCCCCGCCUCCCCGCCGAGAACCAGACCAUCUCAGACACCAGCCCCAUGAAGCGCUCGGCCUCUGUGCUGGGCCCCAAGGCCCGGCGCCUGGAUGACUACUCCCUGGAGAGGGUGCCACCCGAAGAGAACCAGCGGCACCACCCGCGGCGCAGAGAGCGCAGCCAUCGCGCCUCCGAGCGCUCCCUGGGCCGCUACACAGACGUGGACACAGGCUUGGGGACAGACCUGAGCAUGACCACCCAGUCUGGGGACCUGCCAUCAAAGGACCGAGACCAGGAGCGGGGUCGGCCCAAGGACCGGAAGCAUCGGCAGCACCAUCACCACCACCACCACCACCACCACCCCCCGCCCCCAGACAAGGAGCGCUACGCCCAGGAGCGGCCUGACCACGGCCGGACCCGGGCCCGGGACCAGCGCUGGUCCCGCUCACCCAGUGAGGGCCGAGAGCACAUGACACACCGGCAGGGCAGUAGUUCCGUAAGUGGAAGCCCAGCCCCCUCAACAUCUGGUACCAGCACUCCGCGGCGGGGACGCCGCCAGCUCCCCCAGACCCCCUCCACCCCCCGGCCACACGUGUCCUAUUCCCCCGUGAUCCGUAAGGCCGGCGGCUCGGGUCCCCCGCAGCAGCAGCAGCAGCAGCAGCCGGCGGUGCGGCCAGGCCGGGCGGCCCCCAGCGGCCCGCGGAGGUACCCGGGCCCCACGGCCGAGCCCCUGGCCGGGGAGCGGCCGCCCACGGGGGGCCACGGCAGCAGCCGCUCGCCCACGAUGGAGCGGCGGGUCCCGGGCAUGGCCAGGAGCGAGUCCCCCAGGGCGUGUCGCCACGGCGGGGUGCGGUGGCCGGCGUCCGGCGCGCACGCGGCCGAGGGGCCCCCGGUCCCCCGGCACCACGGUUACUACCGGGGCUCCGACUACGACGAGCCCGACGGCCUGGGCGCCGGCGGCGGCGGCGGCGGCGGGGAGGAGCCCCGGGCCGCCGCCUACGACGCGCCGCACCCCGCGCGCCACGCGUGCUCGCCCAGGACUCCCCGGGCCGCUGGCCCGGCCUGCGCCUCGCCUUCCAGGCACGGCCGGCGACUUCCCAACGGCUACUACCCGGCCCACGGACUGGCCAGGCCCCGCGGGCCGGGCUCCCGGAAAGGCCUGCACGAAACCUACAGCGAGACCGACGACGACGACUGGUGCUAAGCCCGGGCGAGGUGGCACCCGCGCCCGCCCGGCCCCCUCCCACGCACCCCACGCACACGCCCCCCCGGGGAGGAGCCGCACCGGCCGCGGGGCCACCUCGCUGCCACCUGCCCAGCACACGGGGGAGGCCCGGGAGGGCCCAGGAGAGGACCAGCUGGACGGCCCCGGCCUCUGGAGGGAGUCCCCAGGGCCGGGACACACCAGGGUGUCCCGCAAAGACCCUCAGCCGGACAAGCCGCUCCUGGGCAGCUACUGCGCCCCCCACCCAGCCCCGACCCCCCACGACGGGGUCCCUCGGGGGCAGACAAACCACACAGCCAAGGGAUUCGAAUUAACUCAGCCAUUUUUGGAGAACCUUGGGGAAAAUGGAAAUUUCAAAAAAACAUUUUUAAAAGAAAAACGGGGAGAAAAAAAUUGCUUCUAUUGAUGAGUUUUAUCAUCUCAACUGAAUCUUUCCUUUCCCUGGUGAACACGAGCUGGUGGCCCGUGUGUGGUGAGAAGCCGGAAGCGAAGAGGAAACCCAGCGUCCCACACAGACCUCCACCAGACACACUCAUACCCCACACACGUUCUCAGACACACACAGGAGUGCUUGCUGGUUAUACCAAACCCUACUAUAACUGCCUGCAGAAAUCAAUUUAAAAAAAUAAACAAUUUUAAAAGGACAAAAAAAAUUAAUGAUUGAGAAAAGAAGCAUUUUUUUCUGACAUUUGGUCCUGCUUGAAAUAACAAAAGAAAAAAGAAAAAAAAAAAAAAAACACCACCGAUUUCCUUUGCUUCUUUUUUCCUUUUUCCUACCUUGUUUGAAAACUGUGGGCUUGGGACUGUGAAUUA